AUGCUGAUGAAUUUACAUUCUAAAGCAAUAGAAGUUAUUAUCGCACCUCUCGUCAGACCUCAGGCACAAGUACAACGUCCGGUCAAUCCCGGUCUGAAAAGACGAGGUCCAGGUGGUGCGUGGGACCUGCAAGGGCCGGGAGGGCAAAAUUGUUCAGGUUUACCGCAAAAAAUGGUCAUUCACAUUGAGCGGGUCACCCCUGAUAAGGAAAAUGGGUCGAUGGUGAAUGUUACUAAGGUUUUGUCAAGCCAGAGGCUGGAGGUUUCUGCAACUAGGUUUUCACUGCUCUACUUUCCAUUGAUCAAUUACAAGAACCAAGAGCUGGUUCCCCUCAGCUGCCUUUUAUUAUGGUGUCUGCCGCCUGGUCUCCAUUGCAGCCUGCCACAGUCGCUGGGCACUGUUCACGACUUUCUUGUUUCACUGCUCUUGAAUGCUGCCUUGAUUGCUGCAUGUUUGCUCUGUUAUGAGGAGUUCAUCCUAAGAGCAUGA